GUCUGAUUGGCUUCCGGGAAACCAAAGGCAGCCCGGUUUCGGGUUCUCGCAUGCGCAGUUAGUAAAAAUGAGUCUGAACCGAGUGAGGGCACUGGGGCAGAGGGAGGGCGAGAGCCCAGACCGCGCACGAUUACGAUCCAGAUCCUGCAGUGAUUCCGGUUUCACCCAGAACAUUGGGGAUGCGAGACCAGUCCUGAAGCCAGGGGCAUCAGGCAGUGGCACACCGGGUUGAGUGCACAUGGCACAGAGUGCAAGGACCCACGCAAGGUUCCCGGUUCCAGCCCCCAGCUCCCCACCUGCAGGGGGCUCGCUUCACAAACGGUGAAACAGGUCUGCAGCAAGCCAAGUGACACCCUUUAUGAGUACUGCAGGUCUGUUUCGUUUUCGCAUGCCGCUGAUCAGAAUCUGCACUGUGCAACCAUGGGGAGCCUGGCUUUGGGAGAAGCCACCGUUGUUGUCCCCGGGAACAGCAGUCACUCCAGUCCAGAUGGCUGGCAAGAAGGACCACACAACUCUGCCUUCUCUGGAUGAGAGUGAACUUGAAGAGCAGUUUGUGAAAGGGCAUGGUCCAGGGGGCCAAGCAACCAACAAAACAAGCAACUGUGUUGUGCUUAAGCACAUCCCCUCGGGCAUCGUCGUCAAGUGCCAUCAGACAAGAUCAGUUGAUCAAAAUAGAAAGCUCGCUAGGAAAAUCCUACAAGAAAAAGUGGAUCUUUUCUACAACGGCGAGAACAGUCUUGUUUACAAAGAAAAGCGAGAAGCAGAGAAGAAAAAGCAUGAAAAGAAGCAAAAAACAAAGGAAACUCUAGGAAAAAAGAAACUACUGAAAGAACUAUGGGAAUCAAGUAAAAACAUCCACUGAGAAAAGAUCUCCUGGGGCCUGUUGGUGCACUUGGAUGAAGGCAUGUUACAAAGGACCCAGCUUGAAGCUCCAGGCCCUACCUGUAGGGAGAUGCAGGGGAGCUUCACCACUAGGGAAACAGUGCUGCAGGUGUCUGUCUCCUUUUUUUUUUUUUAAAUAUUCAUUUAUUUUUGGAGGGAUACAGAGAGAAAUCGAGAGGAAGGGAGAUAGAGAAGGAGAGAUUUAGAGAGACACUUGCAGCCUUACUUUACCACUCAUGAAGCUCUCCCCCUGCAGGUGGGGACUAGGGGCUUGAACCCGGGUCCUUGCACACUGUCACACUUAACUAGGUGUGCCACCACCUGGCUCGUCUUUCUCCUUCUUUAUCUCCCUCUUUCCUCUUACUUUCUCUAUCCAAUAAAUAAAUUAAUUUUAAAAAAAAAACUUUCCUGAAUUAUUGUUUUAAAAUAAUGGUUCCAUUAGAGUUUGAAAGAAAUGUUUUUGAGAGACUUAAAAGUUAUCAGGGGGGAGUCGGGCGGUAGCGCAGUGGUUAAGCACACGUGGCGCAAAGCACAAAGACUGGUGUAAGGAUCCCGGUUCAAGCCCCUGGCUCCC